AUGGCAGAAACGCCAUGCAAAGACUGCGUCGAGAAGCGAGUUCUUGAUUCCCUCAGGCCGCCCUUAGAUCGAACCAACUUGCUCGCCACUUGGAGCCAUCAAGACCUCGUCAGAUCUGCUCCUGUUUGCGCUAUCUGCAACUUCAUAUUGGAAAUCAUCGGUGAUUCCAUAUCUGAAGCUGGGGCGGUGCCAAGAGGAUUCGAUAGUGUAAACAACAUCUUCAUAAUGUCCGACGGCGAUCCGUUCGCCUCUACAUAUCAGCUUACACUGUACUGGCAAACCAUGGCUCUCCAGCGCUCUGUUUCCAUCUAUCCCAACUCUCCAUGCGGCACUCACAAUUGCAUUUCCAUGUUGAGGCCAAAACCAUCGCCUACCCUGGAUGCUUAUGGUUUCUUUCUGGUUGCCGCUCAGGCCUCGAUUUCAGAGGCCCUUUCCACUUCCCGCUGGUUCAGUCGAGGUUGGACGUUGCCUUCUUCCAAAUUGACGACACCGUGCUCGACAACGGCUCCACGACAUCUUGGAGAUGAGGAAGAAGAAUACUUCCUCGAGGGUGAAGAUCCAACCGGCACACGUAAACGAAAAAGGCAGAUGGCAGAAGAAAUUGAAGAGACUCGAAAAGCUCGAAAUACGCUCGAAACCUUUGCCAAUUACAAGCAACUCCUACAAACAUAUACCGGCCGAACCUUGACCUAUGAGCGUGACACCGUCAAGGCUUUCGAGGGCGUACUAGAAUACUUCCGGGUCGCCCUGGGACCACAUGUCUGGGGACUACCCUCGAAGAGAUUUGACGAAGCACUUCUGUGGCAGGUGGAGAAACCGAGCAGCCGACGUGCAGGCUACCCAUCGUGGUCAUGGUGUGGAUGGUAUCUGAGCUCAGGUUCGCAUCUAACGCACCUAGACUCUUCAAGACAGUCGGCCAAGUACUUUAAGGGCGCAGAACUUGAAAGGACAUCAAUCUCGGAACUGGACCUGGAGCCAAGCACAUCUCAGGGCGCUGUUAGAAACGGAUUUCCAGACAUCAUCGUAGUCCAAGCAACGUACACAACCCUCGGUAUCAGGCGUGACAUGUUACCUUACCAGGGGAAAGACAGUUUUGAGGUGAUAGAGCCAACAUCGCAGAGAAAGCUGGCAAACAUGACCCUUGGGCCAGAAUGGGCCGCGGACCUGAGGCAAGUGACCUUUUGGAAUUAUCUCGUCGCGACCGCUGGUCCAUGA